GGCGUUUUUCUGGCUGGUGUCGCUGCUCCUGGCGUCUCUGAUCUGGUUCAUUUCGGUCCAUCUCAGUGACCGAGAGGACGCCAAGCUGCAGUACGGCCUCCUCAUCUUUGGGGCUGCCGUCUCCGUCCUGCUGCAGGAGGCUUUCAGAUUCGCCUACUUCAAGCUGCUGAAGAAAGCGGAUGAAGGCCUGGCGACGAUCAGCGAGGACGGCCGGUCCCCCAUCUCCCUCAGGCAGAUGGCUUAUGUCUCAGGCCUGUCCUUCGGCAUCAUCAGUGGCGUGUUUUCCGUCAUUAAUGUCCUGGCAGACUCCAUCGGGCCGGGCAUCGUCGGGAUCCACGGGGACUCACCCUACUACUUCAUCACGUCCGCGUUCCUCACCAUGGCCCUCGUCUUGCUCCACACCUUCUGGGGAGUGAUCUUCUUCGACGCCUGCGAAAAACGCCGUUACUGGUGCCUGGGNCUGGUGGUUGCCAGGCCCCUCCUCACCUCGGGGCUG